UUCCAUAGGGUUUUCUAUUAGCUUUCAAAAUCAGACAGGACCUUUUAGGUGUUUAGACCUGAGGCAGAAAAAAAAAUAUCUUUGACUCUGCAACAUUUAUUUUCAACACAGUCAAGUGUAUUCCGGUCAGCCUAAGGGUGAAGAUAUCAAAAAACUAGUUUUUCUUCUACACAAGAGGUCAAGCAGACUGGUUUUGGUUGUAAGAGCUCCAUGUGUGCGCCAAGACAGGCAUCCAGUUGAACUCCCAGACUAUUCAGCAUGGAGCUUGGAUGGGUGCUGAGCAUCUUGUUGGGCAUUUUCCUGGUCCUCGUCUCUGCAUGGAAGUGGAGGUACAAAGAGGGGAGGUUUCCACCUGGGCCAAUGCCCCUGCCUUUCUUUGGCAACUUACUACAACUGAACCCCAAGGAUCUUCCCAAGUCGUUCAUAGCGCUGAAGGACAAAUAUGGCCCAAUAUUCACAUUGUACCUGGGUCCCCGCCGAGUUGUGGUUCUUUGUGGACAUGAGGUACUGAAGGAAGCUCUGGUGGACCAUGGUGAACAGUUCUGUGGGAGGGGAGAGGUGGCAAUCUUAGACCAGACCUUCAAAGAUUCAGGAAUGACUUUCUCCAGUGGGGAGUCCUGGAAGAAGCUCCGUCACUUCUCUCUCAUCACAUUGAAGAAUUUGGGGAUGGGGAAGUGCUCCAUUGAAGAGCGGAUCCAGGAAGAAGCGCAGUACCUGCUGGAGAAGUUAAGAAAAACCCAAAGUCUGCCCUUUGACCCCACCUUCCUUCUCAGCUGCACAACUUCCAACAUUGCUUGCUCCAUUGUCUUUGGCAGACGUUUUGAGUAUGAAGACAAGACCUUUCUCUCCAUGUUGAGUAGGAUGAACAAAAUCUAUUAUGAGAUGAGCACCCCCUGGGCACAGCUGUAUGAUAUGUAUUCUAGCAUCAUGCAAUACUUGCCUGGAGGACACAAGCGUAUCUACAACCUCUUGAAGGAGCUCAACACCUUCAUUGCUGAGAGAAUCAAAGUCAAUCAAGAGACCUUAGAUCCCAAGAACCCAAGAGAUUUUAUUGAUUACUUCCUUAUUGAGAUGGAGAAGGAAAAGGGAAACUCUUCCACUGACUUCACAAUGAGUAACUUGGCCCUCGUAACUCUCAACUUGUUCAUUGGUGGGACAGAAACUGUCAGCUCUACCCUGAGAUAUGGAUUCCUCUUGAUGAUGAAAUACCCAGAAGUAGAAGAGAAGGUCCACCAAGAAAUUGAUCAUGUUGUCGGUCGCAACCGUGUCCCUGCUGUCAAAGACAGGAUGAACAUGCCCUACACAAAUGCUGUCAUCCAUGAGAUCCAAAGGCUGGUAGAUAUCCUCCCUGUAGCAUUGCCUCGCAAGGUGACUGAAGACACAGAGUUCCGGGGCUACCUCCUUCCCAAGGACACCAACAUCAUUACCUUUCUUGGCUCAGCUUUGCAUGACCCCAAAUAUUUCAAUGACCCUGAGAUAUUCAACCCUCAGCACUUUCUGGAUGAAGAAGGACACUUUAAGAAGAAUGAUGCCUUUGUGCCAUUCUCCUCAGGAAAACGUGCCUGCGUAGCAGAAUCCAUGGCCCGCAUGGAGCUCUUUUUGUAUUUCACUACCAUCCUGCAAAGCUUCUUUGUGAAAUCGUCUCUGGACCCAAAGGACAUUGACAUCUCUCCGCAACUCAGCGGCUUCUCAAAAAUUCCUCCUGUCUACCAGUUGUGUUUGGUGCCGCGCUAAUAUUUAUAUAUACAUUUACUGCCAUUUUCCAUCUUGAAGUUUAUGGCAGGAAAGGUCUUUCAACAACGUUGGUAGUAAUCUAUCCCCUGGCCAUUUUUCUUGAGAACUAUUCACAACCAGUGUUUUCGCAUUGUUUUAAGCAUUACAAAACCUUCUGGGUUGUGCCUUAUCUCCCUCUACUGUAGGCUAUGCACUGUAGUAAAUGGAACUGUGGUUUAAAUUGUCCUGCUAAACAUGGCUCAAUUGGAUAGUUCUCAUGAUCUAUCCUUUUAGUAUUGUAGAGUCCUAUUAUUUAGAGGUUUUUAAUUAGAGGAUGAAUGGCCAUUAGCCUAGACUG